UGCAUAUGUAUUGGAUUGAAUGAAUGGUAUCAUUGUCACUGUUCAUUUCUUCUUCAUCUUUUACUCGCACUGCCUUUCAUUCUUCUUAUUCUUCUAGAAGCUUCCAUUUACCUCGAUUCCUUUGUCCCAAAUUCAUUCAUAAUAAUAAUAAUAAUAAUAAUAAUCACUCUGCUCGCUUCAUCAUCAUGCCGCACCGUAAACAGAAAAAGAGUGAUCGUUCGGAUCAGAAGUCGAUUCAAAAGCCAAGUAGCAGCAAGACGGAUGGACUGUCCGCUGAAGCUAUCACCAAUAGAAUUAGUAAGCUCAACAUUGUUGAAAAUAGUGCACAGUCCCGUGUUCCAGUGCCACAGUUCGGGAGUAUUAAUUUAGAUGAGAUAGCACCGCUGCAUGGUCAAAUUAGUGGACCAAAGUCCUACGGGACAGCAUCUGCUGCUAAGGUUGAUGCCACUAAUACUGCAGCUCAAACUGCUGUGUCGAGUAAUUUGUUCAAAAACAAUUUGUUGGAGAAAUUCACUGUGGAUAAAUAUACAUAUGCCAAUGCCAAAAUUAAUGCAGUAUUCUAUCCCAAAUUUGAAAAUGAGAAGUCUGAUCAAGAGGUUAGGAUAAAGAUUAUUGAUAAGGUAUCGGAAGGCAAGGCCACAUUGGAGGUCUCUCUUAAACACUCUGGAUCACUUUUCAUGUAUGCUGGUCAUGAAGGUGGGGCAUAUGCAAAGAACAGCUUCGGGAAUAUUUAUACUGCGGUUGGGGUUUUUGUUCUUGGAAGAACAUUUCGCCAGGCAUGGGGCACUGAAGCAAGCAAAAAGCAAGCAGAGUUCAAUGAGUUCUUGAAGUUAAAGCACAUGAAUAUAGCUAUGGAAUUGGUGACUGCUGUUUUAGGAGACCAUGGCCAGCGACCUCGUGAAGAUUAUGUUGUUGUGACUGCCGUCACUGAAUUGGGGGAUGGGAAGCCCAAGUUCUAUUCCACUCCUGAGAUUAUAGCCUUUUGCAGAAAGUGGCGUUUGCCUACGAAUCAUGUUUGGUUGUUCUCAACAAGGAACUCGGUUACAACUUUUUUUGCUGCUUAUGAUGCACUAUGUGAGGAAGGCACAGCUACAUCCGUAUGUAAAGCUCUUGAUGAAAUGGCAGAUAUCUCCGUGCCAGGAUCAGUAGACCAUGUAAAGUUGCAGGGGGAGAUUUUGGAAGGCCUUGUUGCACGUACUGUAAGCCAUGAGAGCACUAAAGAGAUGGAACUCGUUCUAAAAGAUUAUCCAUCACCUGUAGAGGAAGUUGAUGUUGCAAUCCAUCAAGAUUUGGGACCGAGUCUGCGGGAAAUAUUUGCAGCAAACAGAUCUGAUGAGAAACAGCAAAUAAAGGCACUUCUUCAGCAUACUGGUACUUCUUUUUGUCCCAAUUAUGUGGAUUGGUUUGGCAUUGAAGCUUCAGAUGUACUUCCAAGAAAUUCCGACCGAUCAGUAGUUUCUAAAUUCUUACAAGCAAAUCCUUCGAACUAUUCUACUACCAAGUUAAAGGAAAUGGUCCGUUUGAUGAGUGAAAAGUUUUCUCGUGCUGUUGUUUUCAAGUGUUACCAUAACUACCACAAAAUAAAUACGAUAUCUGGUGACAAUCUUUAUUAUAAGAUGGUGAUUCAUGUACGCAGUGAUUCUGCAUUCCGGCAGUACCAGAAAGAGAUGAGGUCCAAACCAGAUCUGUGGCCAUUGUAUCGAGGUUUUUUUGUUGAUAUCAACUUGUUCAAGGCUAGUAAAGAGAAUGCAGCUGCAUUUGCCAACACUAGCACCGAUGUUGGAAAUAAUCACAAAGAAAGUCACAAUAUAUCCACCAAAGGUGGUUUAGCAGAUGAAGAUGCAAAUCUGAUGAUUAAGCUGAAGUUUCUCACAUAUAAGUUGAGAACUUUUUUAAUUCGCAAUGGGCUAUCAAUUCUUUUUAAAGAUGGCCGAUCUGCCUACAAGAAGUACUACCUUAGGCAAAUGGAAAUAUGGAAUACAUCGCCAGUAAAGCAAAGACAUCUCUGCGAGAUGCUGGAGGAAUGGGCGGAGUACAUAACAAGAAAAUCUGGACAAGGAAAACUGUCAUCAUCUAAUUACUUGAGUGAAGCUGUACCUUUCCUUGAACAAUAUGCAAAACGCUCUCCAAAAAAUCAAGCGUUGAUAGGAUGUGCUGGGGACCUAGUGAGAACUGAAGAUUUCAUGGUCAUUGUUGAGGAAGGUAGAGAUGAGGAAGGUGACCUCAAGACCGAGGAUGUUUUAGAAUAUUCUAGUCCAAGUUCUGAUGCUGUUCAGAAAAAGGAAGGGCUCAUAGUAUUCUUUCCAGGAAUACCUGGUUGUGCUAAAUCCGCUCUUUGUAAGGAAAUAUUAAGCGCCACUGGAGCUCUUGAGGAUGAUCGUCCAAUUCAUAGUCUAAUGGGUGAUCUUAUAAAAGGGAGAUAUUGGCAAAAAGUUGCUGAUGAGCGGAAGAAGAAACCUUAUUCUAUUGUGCUGGCUGACAAAAAUGCACCCAAUGUAGAAGUCUGGAGGCAGAUUGAGGAGAUGUCCCUUAAAACUAAAGCAUCUGCAGUGCCGAUUGUAUCUGACUCAGAAGGAACUGAAUUGAAUCCUUUCUCUCUUGAUGCAUUAGCAGUUUUUAUAUAUCGUGUACUCAAUAGAGUUAAUCAUCCUGGCAAUCUUGAUAAAUCUUCUCCUAAUGUUGGAUAUGUGUUGCUAAUGUUCUAUCACCUCUAUGAUGGAAAGAAUCGUGCAGAGUUUGAGAGUGAACUUAUAGAGCGUUUUGGCUCCCUUGUGAAGAUGCCUCUCCUGAAAUCUGGAAGGAGCCCACUACCCGAUUCAGUGAGAACAGUAUUGGAAGAGGGAAUAAGUCUGUUCAGACUUCAUAGUAGUAGGCAUGGAAGAUUAGAGUCCAUGAAAGGAACCUACAAAGGAGAAUGGGCUGCAUGGGAGAAACAACUGCGUGAGGUUUUAUCUAGAAAUGCCAAGUAUUUGACAUCGAUUCAGGUACCUUUUGAAUUCGCCGUAAAUAAAGUGUUGGAUCAGCUUAAAGGAAUUAUGAAGGGAGAGUAUGUUACACCCAUAAGCGAGAAGAGGAACUUUGGAACUAUUGUAUAUGCUGCCAUUGAUGUUCCUAUUUUUGAGGUUCAGAAUCUUCUUUCAAAUAUAUCUGAGAACAAUUCGAAGGUUAAAUUAUUCUUGGAGAACAAAGACAUAGAGAACAGCCUUAAGAAAGCUCACAUCACUCUCGCUCACAAAAGAAGUCAUGGGGUAACUGCUGUGGCCAAUUAUGGCCGUUUCAUAAACCAAAAGGUCUAUGUGGAUGUCACCGCACUAUUCUUCUCAGAUCAUCUGGCUGCGUUGGAAACCUACCCUGGCUGCAUCAAUGAUCAGAAAAUAAACUCUAAAAACGAGUGGCCCCAUCUCACACUAUGGACCGCUGAAGGCAUACCGCCUAGGGAAGCCAAUACAUUACCCAACUUGGUUUUGCAGGGAAAGGCUACUCGUGUAGAGAUCGACCCACCUUUAAGAAUUAUGGGGGUUCUGCAGUUCCAUUGAAGGUUUUUUUUGUAUAUUAGCCAAUUUUGCUAGGUAAACACUGUCAGUAUCUUUUGACAAGUCAAAUCUAUGCUAGAAAACACAUCAAUUAUACACGGUGCAAGUUAAGUAGGAUUGUUUAGCCAGGUUUACACAAAAGAGUAGAGGCUGACUAGAAAAAAGAGAGUCAGUUAAUGUAGAACAUGAGUUAUGAGCUUGUUCUAGAAUAGUGGUAGUACACAGAACUAAUCAAAUGUAUGUUGACCGUCUUUUCUUUUGUAGCAAGAACGUUUUCAUAGGCUGUAACAGAAUGAAUCAAAAUGGUAUCUGGUGUAGCAUUUAAUCUCUGCUAUGUCAAUGUUUGGUAUUUGUUGGACAA